AUGGCGAUACCAGCCAGAUCGCCCUUGGCCGGUCUGGCCCGAGUCGCCCUGCUCCUUACGACAUCCCUACCGCGUCUACACUCUCACCCGUUGCAAAAGCGCGAGGAAGGCGACCCCGAAUCGAGCGGAUUCUGGCUCAAUGUCGGCAUAGCCUUCUUGCUCGUCGUCCUGGGCGGGAUCUUUGCCGGACUGACCCUGGGUCUGAUGGGUCAGGACGAGAUCUACCUGCAAGUUAUCGAGCAAUCCGGGGAAGGUGCGGAGAAGAAUCACGCGCAGAAGGUCUUGGGCUUGUUGAAGCGCGGGAAGCAUUGGGUUCUUGUCACUCUCCUGUUAAGCAAUGUCAUCACCAACGAGACCUUGCCGAUCGUUCUGGAUAGGAGUCUUGGCGGGGGAUGGCCCGCUGUCUUGUCCUCCACCGUUCUUAUCGUCAUCUUCGGAGAGAUUAUUCCUCAGUCCGUGUGUGUGAGGUACGGGUUGAGCAUUGGGGCUUACUUGUCGCCGUUCGUGCUCGGGCUGAUGUACCUCAUGUACCCGGUCGCGUACCCGACCGCGCUGCUGCUGGAUUACAUUCUUGGGAAGGAUCACGGGACGGUUUAUAAGAAGGCGGGAUUGAAGACGCUUGUUACGCUGCACAAGAACCUCGGCCCGUCACCCUCCGAGAGGCUGAAUCAGGAUGAGGUCACCAUUAUUUCGGCCGUCCUAGACCUGAAAGAUAAGCCGGUCGGCUCCAUCAUGACGCCUAUUAAGGAUGUGUUUACAAUGUCUUCGGAUACGGUUCUUGACGAGGGGACCAUGGAUCGGAUACUCUCGGCCGGUUAUUCCAGAAUUCCCAUUCAUGCCCCGGGUGAGCCGGCCAAUUUUGUUGGUAUGCUGUUGGUCAAGAUCCUGAUUACUUAUGAUCCCGAGGAUGGGAAGCGAGUGGGGGAAUUCCCUCUAGCUACGUUGCCGGAGACUAGGGAGGAGACCAGCUGUUUGGAUAUCGUCAAUUUCUUUCAGGAGGGUAAAAGUCACAUGGUUCUCGUCAGCGAUUCUCCUGGUGAGAAUCACGGCGCACUCGGGGUUGUCACCCUGGAGGAUGUUAUCGAGGAAUUGAUCGGAGAGUGCGCUGCCAUGUGAUUCACUUGCUGUGAUGUGCGCUAAUUUGAAAUAGAGAAAUAAUCGACGAGUCUGACGUCUUCAUCGACGUUCAGAAAGCCAUCCGCCGCAUCAACCCCUCUCCCUUAUCCCGCCGCUCGAUCUCCACCCAUUUUCCUUGUCUGAGUGAAGUAGUCUCCUCCACGGCCAGCGUUGCCGCCUCGGUCACCGCCCCGGAGUCGAUAACCCAUCCCAUCUAUCCUGGCGGUGUGCAGCCCGAGCAUCCCUUGAUCUACGACGGUGAUCCACGAAGCACGGGCUUGACCCUGAACAACGAUAACAACCCCAGCCACCUUCACCCGCCACCCACCGUCCGUCGCUCGAGCCAACAAGCUUCCCUUGCCGGGAUCCCGGAAAACGUCCUCCCGCAGCUCAAAUUCCUUGGGCCCGCAAAUCUGGCGGGAAACCCCAAGUCUACAAAGUACAAGGCUGUCAAGAUCAAACCCGCCGGAAACCAAGAUGAGCACGUCCGCGUGCCCAUAUCGACAGGUGAAGGCAUCGGCCAGGUGGUCCAAGCGCACGAGUCCCGCACCGCCUCGCCCACGAUUGCCCUCGCCAGCAACGGGAACUCGCAAGUCGACGGUACCUACGGUGCACUGGCUGCCAACCCCUGGGUCGUGACCCCCGACCCAGCGCCCCUCCUGAAAGAGCCGAAUUCAGUAGACGAGUGCGGGGAGGAUCCCGACACGGAGAACGCUUACCGCAUCAAGAGCGCUAAGAGGCGCAUUGCCAGGAGUGGGAGUCUUGUAGAGCGUGUUGAGCACGUUGGCGGUGUGCCAAAGACGGUGAUUGAAACCACAAGCAGCGGCAGUGAUGAGAGCGGUAGCGGCAGUGGGAGUAAUAGGAAGGAUAGGAAGAAGAGGAAAGGGAAUAAAAUGGGUGACGGGGAGACUAGGCCGUUGUUGGGCGGUCGGGGCGCCGAAUAG